AAAUGCGUUCAGAGCUGGUUUUACAGAGAACUGAAAUGUUACACAUUAUCAUGCAUAUUUGAAUCUUUAGCGUUCAUGAUAUUUUCUUCAGCGUAAUAACAGUGCUGUACCGCUUUGUUUGUUGACGUAUCUACAUGUCACAGACGACUAACCUAGUAUUAGGUAUGAUGGGCAAUGAGGGAAGCCAGUUGUCAGGGUUGGAAAUUGACGAAAAAAUUGUUGAAGUGACUGAUGGUUGGACACUUCAUUCUGGAACUGUCUGUGCAAGCCAUAACACAAAUGUUAAUGUUUUCAUAAGUGAUGUGUUUGUAGGUAGUGGAGGAAAUGCAGCAAUUUUAGAACGUGCAGCAAAGAAUUUGAUGCUGUAUCGACAUCCAUGUAUCCUCAAGUUCAUAUCCUCAUGGAAGAAGAGUGGAAGAAUCCAUCUUGCAACAGAAGAGGCGAAACCACUGGCAUCAGUUAUUUCAAGCUUGAUACCUCUACAGAUUUGCAUUGGGCUUCACAGUGUACUAAAAGCACUUGUUUUCCUUCAUGAGACGGCAUUAUGCUCCCACAACAAUGUGUGCUGUGCUGCAAUAUAUGUUUCCACUGAUGGCACUUGGAAACUGGGAGGAUUGGAGCAUCUCUGCUUAUUUACAGAUUUAACAACAAGUUAUUUAGAAGGGACGAGAGCCCGACGUUAUGAGAAAGCCAUUCCACCAGAAGAGGAUUCUUUGAAGUCAUCAAAUUAUACAAUAUCACAUCCAACAUCAAUUGAUCAGUAUGGAUUUGGAGUGUUUGCGGAAGAAAUGUUAUGCAACAAGUUUGACAGUGAUGUCCCAGCUCUUGAGGAAUUCCUUGGGAUUUGCAAGAAACAUCUUCAAAAUUUGGAACCAUCUUUACGUCCUAAGCUAGCAUCCCUAUUAGACCAUGUUUGCUUCAAACAUAAGUUUAUAAAAAUUCACAGUUUCUUGGUCGAACUGCCACUUAAGACUGAAGUAGAGAAAAAUAAUUUCUUCAGGUCAUUAAUGGAUGAAUUAACUGGAUUCCCAGAGAAUUUGGUGGCCAUGCAACUAGGAGCUCUUUUACUGUCAAGGAUGGUUUUGUUAGAUGCCACUGCACAGGAGAUCCUGCUACCAUGUGUCCUUGGUCCUAAGCAGAAUAUGGAGAACAGAGGAAAUGUAGGUCUGUUCUCAUUGACCACCUACAGGGACUAUGUUGUGCCACGUUUACUGCAGAUGUUUUGUGUGCGUGAUGCACAGAUCCGUCUGCUGUUGCUUGCACAUUUUUCAUCAUUCUGCCAUUCCUUCACUGAGGAUCAGUUGCGUACCCUGGUGUUGCCUGAGCUUUUGGUGGGGAUUAAAGAUACAAAUGAACAGUUGGUAAGUGUCACUCUUCAUGCACUUGCUGACCUGAUUCCACUGCUUGGUGCUUCUGCUGUCAUUGGUGGCAAACGUGCGAAGCUAUUUACUGAUGGCCGUCCUAAGCAGGCUUGCCAUAAUGGUCCCUAUAACUUGAGGACACCGAAAUCACACAGUAAAGUGCUUCCAACUCCAGCACCAGCCCCAGUUGUUGACACUGACGGUAACUCAUUUGCUGCUGAUCUGCCUGAACGGCCUUCUCCUGAUGGUGGAGAAGAUCACAUGCCUACUUCACAUGAUGAAACAGAAUCCUGGCCAGACUGGGAUGUUCCUGACAAUACUGUGGAUACUUUGGUUGACUUUGAUGCUGCUGGACCUUCAAGAAUUCAGGAUUGUAGCAAGGUUGCUGCACCAUCGACAAUGCAAGAACUACCUGACAUCUCCCAGCUGGACAUCAGGAAUUCUGUCAGCAGCCUGAAGGGUGAAGAUGAGUUUGAUUUUUUUCAGGACAUGGAACCAGUGAUUUUGAAAACAUGUACCUUGCAGAUUGAUGAACAAGGAGCAGGUAGUAGUGAUGCUAUUGAAAAAUCAGGUAAACAUAUUUUUAAUGUGAACUAUACUUCAUAUGAUGGUGAAGAAGGUUGGGGGGACGAUCUUGAAGAAUGGGGAGAUGUGAACAGUACAUGAUGCAUUGUAAAGCCUUAUCACCAGGUAGGUCAAAAAUAGUGAUAUAAUUUUUCAUAAUGAUGUAAGAGUAACUGGUAAAAAAUAAUGUAUAUUAUGUAGUAGUGCUUAGCAUGCCCGUUUAAUUUUUUCAGUGGUUUCCCUCCAUCAUUUCAUAUAAUUACUGGGUAGUAUUUUAAUCAUCAUCAGCUGUGCAGGACCACGUUAGUAUAUGAAAUGUAAAUGCUAUAUAUUAACCCCUUCAUUGUUAAUUAAAAUGUGUUAGUUGGUUGUGUUUAAGCCAAUAAUGAAAUUAGCAUUCAACACUUCUCCAAGUGGUAGAUCUGUGGGAUGGUGUGUUUUGUGCAAGUUAUGUUCCUUAGAGUAUUUUUGAGGAGGCCUGUGCAUGGAAGGUUGGAAUUAUGGACUUCGUGCAAUAGACAUCAGCCUAGCUGUUUUCCCAUGCAGCAUUAUGAUUCACGUAGAUCAGAGUGAUUGCGUUAGGGUAGCACUUGGGACUUUGAACCCGACAAGGGUAGCUGUUGCCACCUGAAACUGGGCAUGGUGGUAGUAUAUAUAUUUCUCUCUGAUGAAUGGUCUCCCUCCCUGUGUGUGUAGUCAUAAGAUUGCUCUUUGUUAACUUGAGUAAUGGAUGUAAAGUGUCUCUUAAACUAUUGAAAUUGACUAUGUGGAAAAUCCCUGCUCUUACACCUUACUGCUCAGCACAGAUGUGCUGGGAUGCAGCACAAUAAUUUGUUUCCACAAAUUUCACUACUUACAUUUAAAUUUAAAAAGUAUAAGAUUAUGACUGCCAUUGCCAUUUAAGAAAACAGUUACUGAGAAUCAUACAAAAUGCAGAGUUAUUGAUUGUUAAAGUAGGUGGUACUUAGUUACCAUAUGGUUUUAAAGGGUACAGUAGAGUCCUAAAUGUUCAACCUUCAGUUAUAUGACAGUUUUAUUCAACAGGCUGUGUGAGAACAUACGUUUAUUUUAUGAACAGUCAGUACAGCAUGUAGUGGAAUGAAUCACACUUCCCCAUAAUGCAUAGGCAUUUUGUAUAGUCCAUUGCACUUACAUAGUGUUUUUUAACAUAGGAAUUAUUCUAGUUAUGUGUGAACUUUUUAAUAGCAGCUUCAGAAUAGUUUUGGACCACAAGAACCUACUGUCAAAACACUGCUGUUUGGUGCAGUAAGAAAGUGGGAAUGUCCUGUUGUCAUAGGUGUUAAUUAAUAUCAUAUACAGAAUGUCUGAUGACUAUGUCAGUACUCAGGAGCAUAUUCCUGAGGUCAUUCCGUCAGAAAUAUCAUGUGAACAUAGGUCUGAUACUUGAUAGUUAUGAAGAUACAGAUAUUUCAACCUUAUGUAGAACAUAAGGGUUAUUCCUGCAUCUUGCAGUGUCAAAAAUUUGGUGGUGUAGUUCCUUUCUUCUGUUUACUUUCCAUUUGUAAGAUAUGAGGUUUUCAUAGCAGUGAGUCUCAAGAUUGCUGUCUUCUGGGUUGUUGCGCCUGAUGACGGAGGCAGCAUGACCUCUGAAACGGUGGACAUCUUCCAGACUAUAUGGCGCAAGAACCCAGAAGACAGCAAUCUUACUUUGCAUUUGUGCACCAUGUUUUUUGUGUGACAUCAUACAUGGAAAUACAUUGGUGUGAGGUCUGAUGACCACAGUGGUCAAUUCACCAGACCACCACCAUCCAAUCAUUCAUGUACUCCAUCACAUGUCAACUGAAACGCAGCGGGAAGUAUAUUUAUAAUAAGUUCUUUGUCGCUCACAUAAUUUUUAAUUUUUAGCCAUAGAUCUGUGACUGAUGAGAAUUUUUCAUGACAUUCCUGACUGGGAAUGGCCUCAGAUCUGGAAGUCAUGACACAAAAUUGCUUGAAUAUAUAACUAAGGCAUAACAAGCUUAAUUUUUAAUAAUAAUAAGUGUGGUAAUGUUUCCUACAGCAUGUAUUGUUACGUGGCCACCAGCAAAUUAAUAAAUCCAUUGUAUUUACUGUAAAUUUAUCUGAAUCUGUAUAUACAUUUUAUAGCAGUGUUGUUGCUGAGUAAUGAGCAUUAAUUCAUAUUUUGGAAA